AUGGACUCGGAAAAACUUGAAGAAAGCUCAUUGGCGUCAGCUGAUGAGACGGCCGAACCUCUCGACCGGCAUCGCAUGGCAGCUUUGGUCCACGCUUGGAAGACCUUGACCUUGAAAGUCCUUGGAUCGAGAGUCAGGAACGUCGCUGCAUGCGACCCGCAGUCCACACUGCGCUUCCACCUGGAGUCCUCCUUCAUUCGCCUGCCACUCAAUGGACGCUUCAAUCCGGACGUCCACCCGUCAAUCAAAAAGUGCCUUCCCAGAAUCGCGGCGGCGAUCGCGAUCGUCCUACUCUCCCUCGGUCGAUGCCAGGGCUUCACUCCCACGAACUGCCGGACGCUGGAGGGAGCCGCGGGAUCGAUCUUGUCGUGCAACGCGGACGAGGUCCUCUCCCUUUCCUCACUUUUGCGCUGA